CGGCUUACUCUUUUUUCGUUACUCAUGUGCUUUAAGCCAGCCUUUGCCCAAAACGAGCGCCGAAGAUGCCUUCGAUUGAAUUUGACGAUUCGAAGCCAAGUUGGGCUGACCAAGUAGAAGAGGAAGGAGAUGAGGGUACUCUUCCAUCACCAAAAGAGACCGUCAAAGGAAAUAUAAAAACGGUCACAGAAUACAAGAUUGAUGAAGAUGGCAAGAAGUUUAAGAUUGUUCGCACGUUCAAGAUCGAGAAUAGGAAGGCCUCUAAAGCUGUGGCCCGGAGGAAGAACUGGAAAAAGUUUGGCAACUCUGAGUUUGACGCCCCUGGUCCCAACGUGGCCACCACAACAGUCAGCGACGAUGUCUUUAUGACCUUCAUCUCCAGCAAAGAGGAUCUGAAUGCUCAAGACCAGGAUGAGGACCCCAUGAACAAGCUGAAGGGACAGAAGAUUGUGUCCUGCCGAAUCUGCAAGGGUGACCAUUGGACCACCCGCUGUCCGUACAAGGACACCCUGGGCCCCAUGCAGAAGGAGCUGGCCGAACAGCUGGGUCUGUCCACAGGAGAGAAGGAGAAGGCUGCAGGAAGCGCAGAGCCAGAGCCUGCCCAGCCGGCGCAGAGCAAGACAGGCAAGUAUGUUCCCCCCAGCCUGAGGGACGGAGGCACGCGCAGAGGAGAGUCCAUGCAGCCCAACCGCAGAGCUGAUGAUAAUGCCACCAUCCGUGUGACCAAUCUGUCUGAGGACACCAGGGAGACGGACUUGCAGGAGCUCUUCAGGCCCUUCGGCUCCAUUUCCAGAAUCUACCUGGCCAAGGACAAGAACACGGGACAAUCUAAAGGCUUCGCCUUCAUCAGCUUCCAUCGCCGUGAGGAUGCAGCCAGGGCCAUUGCAGGUGUAUCUGGAUUCGGAUACGACCAUCUCAUCCUCAACGUUGAAUGGGCCAAACCUUCAAACAACUGAGGGUGAACAAUCUAAAAACGGAUCAGAGAAAAUUCCAGGAGGAUGAUUUCAGCUAUUCUCCCAACCAGAUGUGUGUAUCUUAAUAAAAGGAAUUAAAAUAAAUGUAAA